AUGGACGGUGGAGGCCGUGACUCGAAGACCCUUCAAGUACCAGGCGAGACUUUGAGACACUCUCUUCAGAGCCGUCGAAUGCUCAUUGGGCAAACUCUCGAUACCCGCGGCUACUUCGGACAGCCGUUUACGAUCUUGGCGCUAAGCGAGGGCUUUGACUCAGCUGAUUCUUUGGCGGAAACAAUCGACAGCAGACGCGUGGAAGUGAACUUUAACUUGCGGCCAUCGCCUGUGAAGGAGUACAAUACUCCUGUUGUCACUAAUAUCCAGCGGAACAGUCGAGAGCGUCGAAAGAAAGUUUCUUUGACGGAGAAGAAGAAGUCUCCAGCUGUAGCCAAAUCGCCAGAUUUGAAGAGUUCCAAUAUUCCCUCGUCAAAGCGUGAGGAAAUCGAGAAGGAGGGUGCGUACGAAUGGCUGAAUUUUGUGCGGAGGAAGAAGCCAUUAGUUGACCACAACAAAGCGAUAUCCAAUCCACACAGUUCGAAGCCUCACCAGGCAGUCGAUGAGCCUCCUGAAGUUGUUGAGCAUCGCAAAAAAUAUAGUCAUGGAGCGGCGAAAUCCAAGAUGCCAGAUCCGACAUAUUGUCCGAUUCAAGUAAGCAACUCGCAAUAG